AUGAGUAAAGAGACAUCUAUACCAGCUGCAACAUAUUCCCCGAGAUCGAUUGGGGAUCCAACCUCCUCAAUCAAAUGGACUACGACGCUGCAGUCUUAUAGAUUUGACUUGACUAAAGUAUCUUCUAGAGAUUGCCUUCAUGUGACCGGACAAGAUUUGCUUGUCCAGUUCAUUGUUGGCAGUGUGAUUUUUGAGCAUGGCCGAGAGUCCACGGAAUAUGGCGGCAAAGAGGGCCUGUUGAGCCUGUUGGUUGGCCUCGAGCUUGAGCUGCUUUUCCUCGAGGACAGUCUCGUUGAUAAACUUGCUUUCCUUGGACUCGUUGUAGUCGGCGGUAAGGGCAUCAAUGAUAAUGUUGGUCUUUUCAAUCGAGUUUAUGAUAAUCUCCCAGAUAUAGUGGGCGGUCACGUCACGCGAUGGAUCGCUCACCAAGAACCAGUUGAUGGGGUCGACUGGCUGGAGGAUCUUGAGCGAGAUAAACUUGUCAAUGGCAAUGACAAUGUGUUGGUGAGAGGUUUGCCAAAAGCUGACAAUCGACUCGAGACACUUUUGACGGUCUUCGGCAGUAUGCAAGAUCGACUUGAACAAUGUAACAUAACGUUCAAUAGCAUGUGA